AGUAGAACUAUGCUCUCGAAUCAUUUUGAUUGUGAAGUUGACAUUCUGCCUUUUCCUUAUUGUUUCUUUGUAUCUGACAAGCUCUUCAAUACCUGCUGAACACCCAUGAAAUUGGAUGAAUGUCGUUUGGCUGGAAAGUGUCUACUGAAUUGUUGAAAAUGGAUUUAAAACCCCAAGAUAUCAUCACCCCGCAAAACUUUAAAUAAUGCAAUGGUUUGUUGUCAAGGCCCUAGGUGGAUCAGCCGAUUACGUGCAACAUUUGAUUACCAUAGCAAGGUCUGUUGGUCUAGAAUUGACGCUUGAUGAUUUCCAGGAGGUUAGUAAUGAGGUCCCGUUUCUGGCUGAUCUGAAGCCCAGUGGCAAAUAUGUCUUGGAGGAUGUACACAAGAUUGGAGGAACAACUGCUGUGAUUCAUCAUCUUUUGGAGCUUGGAUAUCUUGAUGGGGAUUGCAUGACUGUAACUGGGAAGACAUUGGCAGAAAAUGUUAAAAGCUACCCCCUUUUACCUGAAGGACAGGUUGGCACUAUUGUUCUUCCCACAGUUUUAAUGGCAUUUUGUUUAGAAAAUAUGCGUAAGCUGCACAGUUUACUUGUCAAAUGCUAUGAAUUUGAACUCAUUGUUGCAAGGUUGGCACUAUUGUUCUUCCCAUAG